AUGAGUUUUGGAGAUAUCAUUUUUGCAGUAUGCGCUGCCUUGUAUCUUUAUAAUGGUGGAAGAUGGACAAUAGUGCUAUCUGCGUACAUCUUGUCAUAUUUAUACAAACUUGAUGGAAAACCAGCGACAGCAACAACAAAAGGAGCAGGAGCAGGAGCAGGAGCAACAGCAACAGCAACAGCAACAGCAACAGCACCCCCAUCAAAACCUCCGGUCUCAGAGACUUCAAAAAGUGCUACAGAGUCUCCGAUAUAUGCUGUUGACUUCACCUCAACUACUUUUACACCUUCAACUACGUCAAACAUCCCAAAGACUACUGUCCGCCUGCGUGCCAAAAGAUCACCCAGGAUUAUCAAAGCCAGUAAACCAGCACCUUUGCAAUCCAAUGAACCUUUAUUGACGAGGUCUCAGGUUGAUCUCAAAAAGUCCCAAAUAUACAUCUUUUACACCACGUUAACUGGAUCAUCUCUAAGAUUGGCCAAAAACUUGCAAGAAAAAUUAUCAUUGAUGGAAUUACCCCACGAGCCCAAGUUGCUAAGCCUUGAUGACGAUGUUGACGAUCUUGAAAAGUUUUUUUUGAAAACUCCAACAGCGGAUGACGCAAACACCAAGAACAUAUACGUGUUGGUCUUGCCUUCGUAUGAGACGGAUUCCCCCAUCGACUACUUUUUGGAACAUUUGAUUGACACCUACCAAGAUUUCAGAGUGGACAAGUAUCCAUUGAGAUCUAUCUUGGGGUUUGCAGUGUUGGGCUUAGGCGAUUCAGAAAGCUGGCUGGGCGACAAGUUUUGCUACCAAGCGAAAUUAGCUGAUAAAUGGUUGGGAAAAUUGGGUGGCAGAAGAUUGUACCCGUUGGGUGAGGUGUGUAUGAAGUAUGAAGGUGAACCAAAAGCAAAGGAAUGGAUUCAAAAUUUUGCCGAGCUUUUGAUUGACGAGGAACCAUUUUACAUUGAUGAGAAUAACGAUGAUGAGUUUGAUGAUAGCGAUAAGGAGGACAAUAGUGAUGAUGCAAAUACAUUGGUUGACGUUGAAGAUAUGGGCGAUAUAAUUCGCAAAUCUGGCCAAAGAUCAACACAACAAUUGGAAGUGAAACAAAUGGUUGCCAAGGACUCACCAACAUUCAAAACCCUCACAAAGCAAGGUUACACAAUUGUCGGUUCACACUCGGGUGUCAAGAUUUGCAGAUGGACCAAAUCAGCAUUGAGAGGAAGAGGAUCGUGCUACAAGUUUGCCUUUUAUGGUAUAAAAUCACAUCUAUGCAUGGAAACAACGCCAUCAUUGGCCUGCUCAAACAAGUGUGUAUUUUGUUGGAGACACGGGACCAACCCAGUUGCAAAACUGAAUUGGAGAUGGGAGUUGGACCCACCAGAGAAAGUCAUGGAGGGUGCAUUACAAGGCCAUUAUCAAAAAAUCAAACAAAUGAGAGGUGUUCCUGGUAUACAAAUGGAUAGGUUCCAAGAAGCAUUCCAAGUGAAGCAUUGCGCAUUGUCACUUGUUGGAGAACCAAUUUUCUACCCGCACAUCAACGAAUUUGUGGGAAUGUUGCAUAAUCAGCAUAUCAGCUCCUUCUUGGUUUGUAAUGCUCAACACCCGGAUAAUUUGGCCAAAUUGUCGAAAGUCACUCAAUUAUACGUGAGUAUUGAUGCACCAACAAAGACCGAUUUGAAGAAAGUUGACCGUCCUUUGAAUAGUGAUUUCUGGGAGCGUUUAAUGUCCUGCUUGGACAUUUUAAGAACCAAACAAUCUCACCAAAGAACAGUGUUUAGAUUGACAUUGGUUAAGGGGUUCAACAUGACUGAUAUCAAGAGUUAUGCUGAUAUGGUUGAGCGUGCAUUGCCUUCUCAAAUUGAAAUCAAGGGGGCUACAUUCUGUGGAUCUUCAAACGGUAAUGGAAACCCAUUGACGAUGCAAAACAUUCCAUUUUAUGAAGAGUGUAAGGAGUUUGUCAGAACCUUGAAUGAGGAGUUGCGUAGUAGGAAUCUUGGUUACGACAUUGCUGCCGAGCACGCCCACUCGUGCUGUAUCUUGAUUGCUCACGAAAAAUUCAAAAUCAAUGGAGUGUGGCAUACACACAUUGAUUAUCCCAAGUUUUUUGAGUUGUUAGAGUCAGGUCAGGACUUUGUUGAUGUUGAUUAUAUAAAACCAACGCCCGAGUGGGCAAUCUGGGGUUCUGAGGAGGCGGGAUUCAACCCUGUAGAUACUAGAUGGGAUAGGAAAGCAGAAAAGUUGAAGAACAAGAUAGCUAGAGAGGAGGAAGAAGCCAAAAGAAGGGGACAGGAAGAAGAAGUAGUAGCGAUUGUAUAG